GAUAAAUAUUUUAUAAGUAACUUGAAGCUACUAUAUCCUUCUUCUAUUUUCCUGUUUCUUUCUUUCUUCUUUCUUUUUUAACAUCUUUAUUAAAACAGAAUAAAAGUAUAAUACGUAUGCCUAAUAAUAAAAGUAUAUUAAUCCUAAGUAGUUCGACCAUUAUUGCAUGGAUUAUAACAUUUGUUGGUGCUUGUGUAUUUAGAAAAGGGCUUUCAGGUGGUGCUUGGUGGAUUGUUAUUUAUGAGCUCUUACUAAUUAUGACAACCAUUUUUAUUUUGAUAAACAAUGUCUUUACACAGUAUCGACUCAUGCUCUUGACAUUUUUAGCUGCUAGUGUAGCUAUGUCUACUUACCAACUUGACUAUGCUUUACCAGUAUCUAAAUUUGCUUCAGGCUAUAGAAGUGGAGCAAGCGCUUAUGCUACAGGAUAUAUCCUUUUAUUAAUAGCCCAAGUAAUAUAUAUAUAUAUAUAUAUGUUUUAUCUCAUACUCAUCAUUCACCUUAUUACUACGAAAAUUAUUUCUUGUAGUUUUUUUGGAUCAUUUUAUUAGGUAGUGAACCUGAUAGCUAUUUAGGCAAAUAUCUUCCAUCCUAUUAUAAGGGAAAUUCAAUUGAAAGUAUCCAUCAGCAAAAUCAAUCAC